GUCUUCGGUUCCGCCACUCCAGAGAUCUCGCGAGAUUUUAUUUCAGCCCAGGCUCAUAGAUGCCUACUGUUAUAAGAAUAUCGCGAGAACUUUACCUGAAAUUUCUUACACACCCUUUAGAAAUGCCUGAAAUUUGAAAUUUUUCCUAUUCUGGUCUCCCCACCGUCUUUUUCUGUUACUCCUAAAUAACUCAUGUAGUCUAGACUCCGUUAUCAACCGGAUCGCUUUCAUCUUCUCUAAGAACCAAUUCAACAACAUGCGCGGUGCCGGAAUCAAGAAUGUGCUUCCGGUGAGCACGCGCAGCUCAAGUCCCGCCCUGCUUACGCAGAGUUUAACUCCGGCGGACGGUGGCCGGAGAAGGACAAUGGUUUCCAUGUUAGCGACAAACGCACUCUGGGUAGCUCUGGAACCUGGUAGUAGUAAGAAUGCCGAGGAGCGAGAAAGUAGCCAAGGGAGCCGGGGCGCCUUAUAGAACAGCAGCCAUGCCGCGCCGGGGCCUAGUGGCGGGGCCAGACUUUGACUAUUUUCGCCGUCGGUAUUUCACGCCGUCAGAAGUAGCGGAACACAACCAGCCCGAAGACCUUUGGGUAUCUUACCUGGGCUAUGUGUACAAUCUGACGCCCCUUGUCCAAGCGUUUAAAGGGGACCUACUGCUGAAGCCCAUCCUGGAAGUUGCAGGCCAGGACAUUAGCCACUGGUUUGAUCCAAAGACUAGAGAUAUUCGCAAGCACAUAGAUCCAAUGACUGGUUGCUUGAGAUACCGCACCCCGCGGGGCCGCUUCGUGCACGUCCCACCUCCUCUGCCUCGUUCAGACUGGGCCAAUGACUUCGGGAAGCCCUGGUGGAAGGGGUCGACUUACCAGGUGGGGCGGCUGUCUGCCAAGACCCGGAAUAUCCGGAUUAUUAACACUCUUACGUCGCAGGAGCACACACUGCAGGUGGGGGCUCUGGAAUCAAUGUGGGAAAUCCUACACCGCUAUCUCCCGUAUAAUGCACAUGCUGCCAGCUACACGUGGAAAUAUGAUGGGAAGAAUCUGAACAUGGAUCAUACCCUGGAAGAAAACGGGAUCCGGGAUGAAGAAGAAGAGUUUGACGCUCUUAAUAUGGAUGCUACACUUCACACACCCGCAGUACUGCUCUACUUCAAUGAUGACCUCACAGAGUUAUAGGAAAGGAGAUGUAUGUGCAUGUGGACUCAAGUUA